AUGGCGCGUGCCUUCGCGCGCUCCAUCUCCUUCCCGCUCAGCCCGUCGACGUCUCCCAAAGCGCGCGCUCCGUCGUCGCCAUACCACGGGCGAUCCGUGAGCCUGCCGUGCCGCUCACACCCCAUCUUCGCUUAUCUCCACACCCACAUCCGCUCCGUGCGCGCCUGGGCGCAGCAGGGCCCACCAGGGCUGGCCGCCUCCGUGGCUGCGAGGCUGGCGCACGUCGACGCGCUCCACACCGUGCUCGGUGACCUGCUCGACCUGCCCGAGGCGCAGGCCGCGCUCUCCGGCGCCGGCGGCAGCAUCGACCGCCUCCUGGUCUCCUUUCUCCGCCUCACCGACGCGCACGGCUGCUUCCAGGAGGCCGUGGUCGCGCUCAAGCAGGACAUCGCUGAGGCGCUGGCGGCUGUUAACAAGAAGAAGACGCCGGCGCCGGGGUCGGGGUCGGAGGAGAUAGCCGUGGUCGCCGUGGCGAAAAGGCUGGAGGAGCUGGAGGAGUGCAUCGAGGAGCUAGAGGCCGGCAGCUAG